ACUUCCUUCCCUAUCCAGGCCGAGUACUGGACCAAGCCCCCUUUAAUUUCCCAUGACUCCCCGCGUCCUCAAGCUCCGCCCUCAGUCUCCCAGCCCCGCCCCGAAGCUUGAGGGGUGUGGAUGGUUUGUGACCCCCUCACCUGACCCUACCCCUCACGGACUGGGAGAGCUGGGCUUGGGCGGGGCAGCCCGGACCUGGUAGUCCUUUGGCUCGGGUGAGCCCACGGGCCCCUCUCCAGCGUCGCGAUAAUAGGGUCGCUGAGACGCGGAGCCUUCUUAGAAAAGGCUGGGCCGGGGACCCCUCCUCAUUGCGCGGUCAGAGUCUCUCACAGGCUGCGGAGAGAGCAGAGGCCUCUGAGGCUGGAGGCCUGGAGUCCUACCCGGCCCAUCCCCACGAAAUUGACCAAUAUCAGUGCCAGUCGUUUCGCCUCUGUUCGUCGCAAUUUCCUUUUCUGUAAAUCGGGGUUAAUGACACUAACCUGCUUACCAUCAGGGGUUAGUUGUGGGAGUGAUAAAUAAUCGCUACCAUUUUUUUACUGAACAUUUGCAAUGUGCCAAGCACUGUGCUAAGUAUUUUGCUUCGAUGAUUUUACGUCAUCUUCAAAACAGCUUUAUGAGCGUGGACCCAGUCAGCAACAAGGCCAUGGAGCUCUCUGAUGUCACCCUCAUUGAGGGUGUGGGUAAUGAGGUGACGGUGGUGGCAGGUGUGGUGGUGCUGAUUCUAGCCUUGGUCCUAGCUUGGCUCUCUACUUACGUAGCAGACAAUGGUAGCAACCAGCUCCUGGGCACUAUUGUGUCAGCCGGUGAAACAUCUGUACUCCACCUGGGGCAUGUGGACCAUCUGGUGUCAGGCCAAGGCACCCCAGAGUCAACUGAACCCCCCCAUCCAUCAGAGGUAAAUGAUGAGAAGGCUGAAGAAGCUGACGAAGGUGGGGGAGACUCCAUGGGGGAGCCUGGAGCUGGGAGUGAUGUUGAGCCCAGCCUUGAGCAUCUGCUUGACAUCCAAGGCCUGCCCAAAAGACAAGCAGGCCCAGAGAGCAGCAGUCCAGAGGCCCCCCUGAGACCUGAGGAUAACACCUGCCUCCCUCCCAGCCCUGGACUCAUCAAUGUGCGGCUCAAAUUCCUCAAUGACACCGAGGAGCUGGCAGUUGCCAGGCCAGAGGAUACUGUGGGUGCCCUGAAAAGCAAAUACUUCCCUGGACAAGAGAGCCAGAUGAAACUGAUCUACCAGGGCCGCCUGCUGCAGGACCCAGCCUGCACACUGCGUUCCCUGAACAUUACCGACAACUGUGUGAUCCACUGCCAUCGCUCACCCCCAGGGUCAGCUGUUCCAGGCACACCAGCCUCGCUGGGCCACUCCUCAGCCACUGAGCCACCCAACCUCGGUGUCAACGUGGGCAGCCUCAUGGUGCCUGUAUUUGUGGUGCUCUUGGGUGUGGUAUGGUACUUCCGUAUCAAUUACCGCCAGUUCUUCACAGCACCUGCCACUGUCUCUCUGGUGGGGGUCACUGUCUUCUUCAGCUUCCUAGUAUUUGGGAUGUAUGGACGAUAAGGACAUAGGGAGAAAAUGAAAGGCAUGGUCUUCCUCCUUUAUGGCCUUUCCCCUUUCCUAGCCCGAGCUGGGCCAAGGGCCUGGAAGGGAGGGGUGGAAAGGAUGUGGGUGCCCCCUGCAUAGGACAAAGGAGGCAGGUACAGGGCUUCUCCUUCGUGUCCACAAGGGUACAGACGUCCCUCUGCAAGCAGAACUCAGGUAGAAAUGAGGUCAUCUUCCCUCACUUUCUAGGGUCCUGAAGGAGUUCAGAGCUGAUGGCCCAGCUCAGUGGAGAGCCUGGGCUCUGAGGAUUCCCUCCCAGCUACGGCCCUAUCUUUUCCUGGUGUCCUGCAUGUCUGCUACCCAGCCCCCAAGGGCCGCCUGUCAGGGCAGCUCGGCAUGGCCCCAGCAUACUUCCGUCGGGAACCUGGAGUAUCCUUCAAUUCCUUAGUCAAGGAUCAGUCAUUUUGAGACUAAAAUGACACAGGCAGGAAUGAAGAUUGUGCCAGCUUUCCUAAAAGCACCUAGUCUUCCUCCACUUCUGUAGCAGAAAUAGGGCGUUCUCCACAUUCUGGGCAGUUUUCCUUGUUCUCCCUUCUUUCAAAGCACUUUGCUUGUGUUUUGUUUUUUUUUUUUUAAUAGUCCUUUAUAGAGCCCAAUCAGGAAGGGGAUCAGGGCACAAAGCCAAGCCCCCAGCAUGCGGAGAGGCCAGGCUACAGCUGCUGCUACCCUAGGCCUGAGGCUGUGAGAGACAGCGCUGGCCCUCAGCCAGCAUCCUACCCUGCCCAGCUCCCAAGGACUAGCCAUGGGUAUGGUGCACUGGGCUCUAGGCCCCUGCUUCUGGGGUUCUUGGAUGGAGGGUCAGUGUCUGUGACUGAAUAAAGUUCCAUUUUAUGGCUGUGGAGCCUCCCGUGA